AGUUGAUAUUCUGAAGUUUGCCGCUGGAGUUGAAUCAAAUACCAAUCAUCCAAUUGGAAAAGCAAUUGUAGAGGCUGCUCUGACUGCGAAUUCUCCAAAAUUGAAGGUUUUGGAUGGAACAUUCAUGGAGGAGCCUGGAUCUGGUGCUGUAGGGUAUAUUGAUAAUAAAAGGAUUUCUGUCGGCACACUGGAAUGGGUCAAAAGGCAUGGAGUUCUUGAGAAUCCGUUCCUAGAAUUUGAUGACUUUAAGAACCAAUCAGUAGUAUAUGUGGGAGUUGAUGGCGCCCUUGCUGGUCUAAUUUAUGUUGAGGAUCAGAUCAGAGAAGACGCAAGGCAUGUUGUAGAAUCUCUGUCGAAACAAGGGAUUAGCACUUACUUACUGUCUGGUGACAAAAAGAAUGCUGCCGAAUACGUCGCAUCUGUUGUUGGCAUCCCUAAGGAAAAUAUUGAUAUAGAAGGACAGCAAAUGGAAUCAGAAAUAGAAAAGAAAGCAUAGGGAUCAAACAGUAAGGAGUGGUAGGGAGGUCUGAUGCUGGCUGGAAUACUCACGAAGGAAUGACCGUGAUGGUUGUUUGCAGGCUGGGAUGACAUUUGUGCACCAGUGCAGGGGGAGGGGAGGGGUAAUUAAUCCACAUGAACAGUGGUGUGCUGGUGUCGGUUUCCUUAAAUAUGAAAAGGUGGGGCUCGGUGGGGUUGAAUGGGAGAAAUAGAAAUUUGUCCGAGGAGAUGAAUACUUUCUC